CGUGUGUCGGCAUCGAUCCACGUUCCGCGCUCCGAACCUCUUCCCGUCGGCCGCCGUCGAUUCGGCGUCCCGCCUCACCAUGCAGCCUCCGCCAAGGAAGAGUAACUAUACGAAGUUCUUGAAGAAUCUCCAUGCGGAGCAAAUCUCGAAGCUCCACGCUAAGAAUCAACACGAGUGUGAUUUGCUGGAAGAUGUGCGCACUUACACCAUCAAACGAUCAGCCAUCGAGAAAUCUUAUUCCGAGGCUCUCUUGAAAAUAUCGUCAGCAUACUUGAACAAGAAAAUACCAAAUAUUCCUGAUAUAAAGGUGGACGGUGCCGAGGAGAAAUGGAACAUGUGGAACGUCUGGCGCACCGUGUUGGAGGAAAACGAGAAACUGGCGCGCGCUCGACUCGCGGCCGUUGAAAUAUUUCAACAGCAAAUCGCCGACGAAGCGAAAGUUUUGCGACAGCAUAAGCUCAAUGUCGCAAAGAAGGCUACGGACUAUCUGGCUCAAACACAUAAAGAGUUACAGUUAACCGUUUCGGAUAUUGACAAAACCAAAAAACUGUAUUUCGACGAAGAGCACACAGCUCAUGACGUCAGGGACAAGGCUAAAGAUAUUGAGGAAAAGUUGAAGAAGAAAAAGGGGUCAUUCUUUCAAUCGAUUACAUCUUUGCAAAAGAACAGCGCUAAAGUAUCAUCUCGAAGGGAUCAGUUGGAGGAAAAGUCAACCGGAGCGAGGAACGAUUACCUUCUGAGCAUUGCAGCUGCAAACGCCCACCAGAAUCGCUAUUUUGUGGUCGAACUGCAAUCGUGCAUGCAAAGCAUGGAAGCGGCUGUGUACGAGAAAGUGUCAGAAUAUCUUACGCUGAUGGGCCGUACUGAGCUACUGACUUGUUCCGCCACUCAGCAUUCUUUUGGUAAAAUCCGUGACCAAGCGCAACAGUUGACACGCGAAUACAAUCUGCAGUGUGUGUAUCUGUACUACCCCGUGCUGAAACAGCAUAUUCAAUAUGAGUUUGAGCCAUGCGACAACGAUCCCGUGGAUACAGUCACCAUGGAACAUGAAACUGUAUCACAAACUCUGGCCCAAGAAGCUCGCCGUUGGGCGACGAGAGUGGUGCGGGAGACUGCGCUUGUACGGGAUGCGACACGGAAACUGCACUUGUACCAAGCUAUGCGAGAUGCUGGACAAAAGGUUGAUCCGAACGAUCCUAACGGACCUGAACUGGAAGUUCGUAUGGACGAGCUCAAGUCUAACAUCAGGCGUUCUGAGACCUCGAAAGUAAAAUACGAGGCCAGAUUAGAGUGUCUGCGAACCAGCGGAGCUCCAGUGGAUGAAUGGUUGAAGGAAAUCGACUUGCUUGCGGUACAAGAGACAUUGCCGCGCAGCAGCAGUCUACUUAGCAUCCGCACCGACGCAUCAGGCGCAGCUGAUCAACCGAGCUCAGACUCGUUCUACGACAGCGACAAUACAGAAGGUGAAGGACCUUCAACAUCAGCGGUCGCUAGUACAUCUGGAGGACAACAACGCACUACAUCUGAAUCCCAAAACGAGGAAGAACACGAAGAUGACGUUGAUGCCGCACUAGAAGAAGAGCGCAUGCGCAUUGAACAGCUCACAGUUGGGUGGGAUGACCCUACGCAGGUUAAUUGGGGAGAAACUGAGACCGAACCCACUAGUGCUCCAACCACGGAACCUCCUGCACCACCGCUGUACAAGUGUACUGCCUUGUACUCUUACACUGCGCAAAACCCAGAUGAAUUAUCAAUAAUUGAGAACGAACAACUGGAGGUAGUCGGAGAGGGAGACGGUGAUGGUUGGCUCCGCGCUCGUAACUACCGCGGCGAAGAAGGCUACGUGCCUCAUAACUAUUUGGAUGUUGAUAGGGAACAGGCCACUAGUGCGCCAGGAUUGGUUUCGCAAAUAUCAUUCUCAUCAGUGGAUUACACAGUAGAGGGCGAAGACGCUGACGUAGUUCAGUCUCCAGAUCAGAUCUCUGUUAUUUCCGCCCCUGUGACCAAGCCUGAAGAAACCAAAGCUGAAGAAACACCAGCGGCAGAGCCCGAAGCGAAACCGAAACCGGAAAGCAACGAAACUAUUGGUUACUGCUUCUCCUUGUAUGAUUAUGACGCCGAAGCAGCUGACGAGUUAAAUCUCGAGGAAGGACAGCUUAUUCGCAUUAUAUCCCGCGACGCACAUGCCGUGGACGACGGCUGGUGGCGCGGAGAAUCCAACGGCAUCAUUGGCAACUUUCCGUCUCUCAUCGUCGAGCUUUGCGACGAGUAUGGCGAGCCAUUGAGCGGUGCAGAUGAAUGGACUCUAUCCGAUUCCAUUCCACCCGUAUUUGCUUCUCCUCCGGAGUCUCCAACUGCUUUCAAUGACGAAAUCAUCAACGAAAACAACAAUACUAAGAACGCUGCCCCACCAGCGGACCCGCCGCCGCCGCCUCCACUCGACUUGGGAGACUCAAUGGACAGUCAGCCCGACUUCGUAUUUAACCUAGAACUUAGUAGAUUCCAACACGACCAUUAUGACGCGCAGUUCUCACCUUCACCAACCUCAAGCCACCCACAAGUCACCAUUGUCGUCGAUGAGGUUAUCAGUGAUGUGUUUGAAGAGGAGGAAGUGGAGGAAUUGCCCCCCGCCCCGCAGCCGAAGCCUGCGCCACCUCAAGUUGAAAUAACACAGGAAGAGUGCGGGCUGGGGGUAGCGCAGAUUGUGAUCACGGCAGCCACCCCCAUGAUGGAGGAACCGGAACAGCCCUUCCCGCCGCCGGAGCCCGAAGCGCAGCCCGAAGCGCAGUCCGAACCGCAGCCCGAGGAGCCGGAGCGCAACGAAGACAAUGACGACGAAGAAUCGUCCCUCUCCGAACAGACGGCAGUCUGCUUGCGCGACUCAGAAGAGGGCCACGCCGACUCCGCUCCGCAUCCCGCUUCGAGCUCCACGGCCUCCGAGGGAGACUCCACAGGUGCCUCGGUGGCGUCAGGUCCCCCAACCGCCCCGCAGUCCCCGCCGUCAGCGCCGCGCGCCGGUCGUGCCUCCAUCCCCGACGAGUUGGAACCCGCGCAACUAGCCAGGCUCACGGACCUCAAGGAGUCCAAUGCUUAGUUCGGCGGUUUCAACUGAUAACUAUUAGUCACCCAGAUGUUUGACCACAACUUUAUCACGUUAAUUUCUCAUGAAUUCACUUUAUUAUUACGUUACUUUUUAAUUUACUGACGUUGUCCAAAAACGACCGUUUCUCACAUAUGAAUGUUAUGAAAUGAAUGACCAAUUUUGUGUCCGUAAUUAAGGAUGCUUUACUCAGAUUUUGGGUACAUACGGUAAUGAAAUUUUGUAAAAAAGUUACAAUAUUUAGUACCUAGCUAUGUUUCUUGGAAAAAAAAGCGAUUAUAAUAGGUUUGCAUUGUGGCUCACCGCUGUGCAAUCACUAAAUGUACAAUUGAAGUUAUGAAAUCAAUAUCAAAAUUUAAAUUGUUGUUGAUUUUUUGAGGUAUAUUUUGGUUGUUUUUGAUGAAAUAUUAUAUAAAAUAUCAUGUAACUAACCAAUUAAAUAAAUGUACAAAUCAAGAAUUAUGCAUAACACUAAAUUCAUUUUUGAUUUUGAUUGUUUGCAAUGGGGUAGAUUUAAAUUUUUUGAUUGAGAAACGUGGUAGACUAGUGCCUUCGAUUUGGAGGGCGUAGGUUCAAAUCCAGUCAGGGGCAUGCUUAUAACUUUUCAGUUAUGUGGAUCUUGAAAAAAUAUAAUCACGUGUCUCAUACGGUGGAAAAAAUAUCGUGAAGAAACCUACAUACCUGAAAAUUUUCUUAAUUCUCUACGUGUGUGAAGUCUGACAAUCCGCAUCGGGCCAGCGUGGUGGACUAUCUAUUAGCUUAACUUAACCCCUUUCAUUCUGAGAGGAGUCUUUUACUCUACAGUGAGCCGAAUAAGAGUUGUUAAUGAUGAGAUUUAAAUACCAACAUUGUUUUCUAUUAAAAAUAAUAUCCAUACAAGUAUGAAACUUUCGUAAACGUAUCAUCUACUACUGUUAACUAUAGUUUUUUUUUUCUUUUAAAUAGGUAAAUCAUAAAUGUAAUAAAAAUAAUAAUAGCUAUUAAAUACUAUCUCGUUGAAGGAAAAUAUUGUGAGGAAACCUGCAUACCAGAGAAUUUUCUUAAUUCUUUCUGUGUGUGAAGUCUGCCAAUCCGCAUUGGGCCAGCGUGGUGGACUAUUGCAUAACCGCGCUCAUUCUGAGAUGAGACUCGAGCUCAGCAAUGAGCCGAAUAUCUCACUAAUCGUUGAAAACGAAGUAUCAUAUACCUGUAAUAAAAGAUACGAGUACCUACAUUAAAUAAUUACGGAGUUUCUCAGUACCAAUGCAUUAUGCAUAAAGUUUACUAAAACCAUUAAAUACGUACAUCGAUGACUACAACAAUAAUUUUGAAUUAUUCAUAAAUAGCAUUUAGAUAUUUAAAACUUUAUGCUAGUAUAUUAUAAAAUCUUACCCUUAAAACUGCCUUACUUUUUUACAAUUCUACAAAACUUUUGCAACUUCGGACAAAUACUUUAUGUAUUGGUAUAGAUAAUAAAGUUUAUAAAGUAUAUCGAUCCAAAAUACUGCUACACCUAUGAAUGACAUAAAGGUGUCUUAUCAGUAAUGCUUACUAGAAAUCAGUAAAACCUACUUCAAUAAAUUUUACUCGUAUAACGUACUUAGUCAAAAAAGCAAGGCUGGUUUUGCUCUUAAUAGUUUCCAUAGAUCCAUAUAUACAACGUAUAAGAUCUAGGUCAAUUCGUGAUUCAUACUUGAAAAUAGCUUUUUUAAAUACUUUUUUUUUUAGAAAAAUAUGUUUAACAUUUAUUUAUAUUUUACUUUGUACUACUAAAGAUUACUUAGUGAUUGUUGGACUGUGUAAUUUUGUAACGAGUUGGAAAUUAAUGUGUAGUCUAAGCAUUAUUACUUUAGUAAAAUAAAUAAAUGUAGAGUGGGAAGCGGUCAUAUAUAUUAUAUAUAUUGAAACAAAUACCUACUCGAUACAUACAUAGAUACGUUUAUACUAACGAAAUAUAUUAGAAAAUUAUAAUACCUAUUAUGUUUAAUUGGAAUAUUACAAAUAUAUAUUAUAUGGUAUAAAACUAUAAAUUUUCGAUGUAGAAUAUCUAAUUUUAUUGAGAAAAACCACUUUCUGGUAUGCUGAUAUAUUACAACAUCUACUCGUAUUAGCUCAGUAUUUGGCAUUUACUACGGCCUUACCUAUUAACAUUCAUUAGAAUUGAGUAAUUAACUAUUUUCUAUUGUAGUACGUUACUGAAACUUAAUUAGUGUUAAUUAGUAAGACUAUGCAUUAUAUAAUUAUUUAUAAAAAAGCUUACAUAUAAAUGGUUGUUUAUUAAAUCAAUGUUAUUGCUUAAUAUAUGUAAAUUGUUUUUGUGAUUUGAAAGUAGAUACUUUGUGUCGAAUGCACGUGUCACGUUCGUUAUAAAAGAUCCACGGGCACAAUGUGCACUUUCUUUAUAUUAUGUAACUAGCAGACACCGCGCGGUUUCAAACCUGUAGUUCCCGUUCCCGUAGGAAUACGGGGAUGAAAUAUAGCCUAUGUCACUCGGGAAUAGUGUAGCUUGCCAACAGUGAAAGAAUUUUUCAAUUCAGUUCAGUAGUUUCAGAGCCUAUUCUAUGCAAACAAACAAAGAAUCGUUCAAAUAUUUCCUCUUCAUAAUAUUAGUAUAGAUUAUGUAAAAGUAGAUUAAUUAAUGUUAGUUUAAAUUACCCCACAUAGUCUGCAUAUGCGUGUGUACACACGAAUGUGAAUCGUCUUUGGAUUUCUUAUACUCAUAUAUUAUAAGCGUAAUUUACUAAGACCAGAUUUCUCUCUGAUCAAAUGAUUGUAGUUUUACCAGGGAAAUCAUCCGAAAGUUUUGAAAUUUAAAGAUUUUGCUUGCUUUUGUCGCGAUUCUACUUUGCCACUUCGUUUCUUUGCCAUAUUGGAAUAUAGUCUUUUAAAAGCAGUUUUUAGACAAUACUAUUCCCAUUCCGAAUUAUUCGACGAUAUCAACAUAAAGAUAAAUAAUAAAAUAAACGAUAGAAAAUUCACUGUAAAAAAUCUAAAGGAAUCUGUAAAAUAACCAAUUUUCAAGUCUCUGAAAACUACCUUUUUUAGACCUGGCAAGGUAGUAAAAGUUAAAUACUUACCAAAUGAUUGGAACUAGGUGUUUAAAAGUUUUAUUAAAAGCUAUUCUCAAUAAGUUUCACUUCGUUAAACUGCUUAAUAAUUGUAGGGUUAAAAGUUAGACAAUUAAUAUUUGUAUGUGAUUUAGUGUUACCAAAUGGUUACCACGUUUAGUUUGGUAUUUAAGGCGAAUUAUAACACCCAUUAACAACUCACUGAUAUAGUAUAAUGACACCGAAUUACAUAAGAACAUCUAUAUUUAACGUGAAUGUUAUUGUUAAGUUUUUAUUUUAAUUUUUCAAUAUUUUGUAAUUUUUUUGUAGAUUCAUGAUUUGCCUAUACGAUUUAUAUUUUUUGGGUUUAUAGAUUAACUAAUGAAAUAUUAAGAGAUUAUUAAUUACUUAUUUAUUAUUAUUGGAUUACAAACUAACUCGUACAUCGAUAUUACAGUUAUCCGCCUAAUGUUACCUUAUUUUUGAUAUUUAUUAGUUAUCUAAUCCAAUAAGUAUUACCUUGUUCCAUUUAAAUUUAAUUGUUUUUCUGUAACGGUCGAUUAAUUACAUGUCGAUCUUUAAUCUGUCGGUAUGUUACUUACUAAUUUCAAAUUAACUACGAGUAGAAAAUUACAUAUUAUUAAUUAAGACAAAAUUAUCAUGUCUACUUAACUGUCAUAUUAGAGAUGGAAAUGUUAUCUUAAACGGCCGUUUAUAAUAAUUAUAAUGUAUAUGAAACUUAUUGCCCCAGUAUCAAGUAUCUUAUAGGCUACUUGUCAUCUCUAUUAUUAUUGUCGUCAGCGUAGAAUAAUUUCAGAAGGUACUCGUAGUACAUCGUCUACGCUCGUAGCCUACUUAUUGACCAAGAAUACGUAUUACCUACAGGUUGACCAAAACUAGCAGACACCCCGGUUUCACCCGCGUAGUUCCCAUUCCUGUGCAAAUAAGGGGAUAAAAUAUAGCCUAUAUUGUUCGCUGAUAUUGUAGCUUUCCAUUGGUGUAAGAAUUUUCAAUAUCGGCCUAGUAAUUUCAGAGCCUAGUCGUUACAAAAAACAAAUCUUACCUCUUUAUAAUAUUAGUUAUGUAGCUAUGUAAUAAUAAUCAGUCAUCAGCAUGGACAAACAUUCAGAGUAAAACAUUCAAAGUGUCCUUAAAAAAAUUGUCUGCAUUUUGUAUAACUUUUUAAAGAUAACGAAGAGCAGCAAAACAAUAAUCAUUAAUUUUUUAAAUCUUUUCCUUUGUCAUUGUUUAGUUGUGGUGUAAUUUAUAUAAAGCUUAUAGUAUUUAUAUGAUGAAUUGUUUCAUAUAGAUCCAUAGAGUAAUUAACUAUCGGAUGUAAGGGAAAAUUGUAGGUAUUUAGAAAAACAAAAUACAGAAAUUCACUCGAACAAAGUAUCGGGUGUCCCCCUAAUAGGUACAUAAUAAGAUUUAACAACAAAGAUUAUAAUUAUAAUUACACAAGAGAUGACAAGUAAGAAGGUAACUACCUUAUAUAAUGAUUUAUUU